AUGACAUUUGUGAUAGAGCCAGUGGUCACGUCAGGCUGUCGCUGCUAUAAACCAGAGGUGCGCAGCUGGAAUUUAUGUAGAGAGCCUCUGGUGACCCUGGCAUUUUCUUACCAGAGAUUGCUAAGUUCCCAAACUGUCACUGUCACCAGGGAAAGCCUCUUGCUGGGCUUCUGGGUCCAGGGGAACAUCUCACCUUCCACACAACUGUGUCCUUUAUGCUUUUCCUGCCCCCGCCCCUCCUCCAACAGGCCCCAGACAGCAGACCUGAGGAACAGCAGCAGCACAGUGACCGAGUUCAUCCUCGUGGGCUUCGAGCAGAGCUCCCCUUCCACACGAGCUUUGCUCUUCAGCCUCUUCCUGGCUCUCUACAGCCUCGCCAUGGCCAUGAAUGGCCUCAUCAUCUUCAUCACCUGGACUGACCCCAGGCUCAACAGCCCCAUGUACUUCUUCCUUGGACACCUGUCUUUCCUGGACAUCUGCUUCAUCACCACCACCAUCCCACAGAUGUUGAUCCAUCUGGUGACCAAGGACCACACGGUCUCCUUUGCCUCCUGUGUGACCCAGAUGUAUCUGGUCUUUGGUGUGGGUGUGGCCGAGUGCAUCCUCUUGGCUUUCAUGGCCUAUGACCGUUAUGUCGCAAUCUGCCACCCACUCAACUAUGCCCAGAUCAUGAGCCAGCAGGUGUGUGUCAGGCUGGUGUGUUCUUCCUGGAUCUUUGGGAUGGUCAAUGGCAUCUUUCUUGAGUAUAUAUCAUUCCGGAAUCCUUUCUGCAAAGACAACCACAUAGAAAACUUCUUCUGUGAGGCCCCCAUAGUGAUUGCCCUCUCCUGUGGGGACCCUCAGUUCAGCAUGAAGUUGAUCUUUCUUGAUGCCAUUGUGGUGCUGCUCAGCCCCAUGGUGCUCAUUGUCACCUCCUAUGCCCGCAUCCUGACCUCCAUCCUCAGCAGAGCCUCCUCCUCAGGGCACAAGAAGACCUUCUCUACUUGUGCCUCUCACCUGACUGUGGUCAUCUUUUUAUACACCUCAGCCAUGUUCUCUUACAUGAAUCCCCGCAGUACACAUGGACCUGACAAAGACAAGCCUUUCUCUCUCCUCUACACCAUCAUUAUUCCCAUGUGCAACCCCAUCAUCUACAGCUUCCGCAACAAGGAAAUGAAGGGGGCCAUGGGGAGGGCCCUUGGGAGAGGCAACCUGGCUUAG